CGGCCCCGAGUCCCGGACUUGAGUGCGCCCCCAUGGAGGCGCCCGGGCUGGCUAAGGCGGCCGCGGCGGACCCCAGCCCCCGAGAGAGCCCAAGGGAGACCCCCGACGGGGCGAAGUUACCCAGCCCCGGGGCACCCUCUCCGGAGCCUCCCGCUUACCGCCUGCAGGACUUCGACACGCUGGCCACCGUGGGCACGGGGACCUUCGGGCGCGUGCAGCUGGUCAAGGAGAAGAAAGCCAAGCAUUUCUUCGCACUGAAGGUCAUGAGCAUCCCUGACGUCAUCCGCCUGAAGCAGGAGCAGCAUGUGCACAACGAGAAGUCGGUGCUGAAGGAAGUCAGCCAUCCGUUCCUGGUCAAGCUGUUCUGGACGUACCAUGAUGAGCGCUUCCUCUACAUGCUGAUGGAGUUUGUGCCGGGCGGCGAGCUCUUCAGCUACCUGCGGAACCGGGGGCGCUUUGCCAGCAACACUGGGCUCUUUUACUCCGCGGAGAUCGUCUGUGCCAUUGAGUACCUGCACUCAAAGGAGAUCGUCUACAGGGACUUGAAGCCAGAAAACAUACUGCUGGACAGGGAUGGUCACAUCAAACUCACUGACUUUGGGUUCGCUAAGAAACUGGUAGACAAGACGUGGACCCUUUGUGGAACACCCGAGUACCUGGCCCCCGAAGUCAUCCAGAGCAAAGGCCACGGGAGAGCCGUGGACUGGUGGGCGCUCGGCAUCCUGAUAUUUGAGAUGCUCUCGGGGUUUCCUCCAUUUUUUGAUGACAACCCAUUUGGCAUUUAUCAAAAAAUUCUUGCAGGCAAAAUCGAUUUCCCGAGACAUUUGGAUUUCAGUGUAAAAGACCUCGUUAGGAAGCUGCUUGUUGUUGACAGAACAAGACGACUGGGAAACAUGAAGAAUGGAGCAGAUGAUGUGAAGCGACAUCGGUGGUUCCGAACUGUGGACUGGGAGGCUGUGCCCCAAAGGAAACUGAAGCCCCCCAUCGUGCCCAAAGUAUGUGGUGAGGGCGAUACCUCCAACUUCGAAGCUUAUCCCGAGAAUGACUGGAACACAGCUCCUCCGGUGUCGCCGAAAGAUUUGGAAGUCUUCAAGAAUUUCUGAGGACAGGGAUCCACAUCCGGAAGAAACAGGAUUUUGAGCCUGCCUGGGAUGAGGAACUGCUCAUAAGCAGACCUGAAGAAGCGUCUUCUUGAUGAGAUGAGGACAUUUCCACCGUUAUCCACGCCCGGAUGUAUAUAAAGAGGUUGGAGAAAUUCAUGGACCCUGAGUUAUUUAAGCAACUGGAAAUCUACUGCACAGUAGGAAGUUAUGAAAAAUUGUUCCAUUGUAGAUUUUAUGUGACCUUCUAGCGUGUGUUCCUACUGUGAUAUCUGGGUAUUUCUCAUAGACUCAACUUUAUAAGUUUGAUCUGAACGUGCUCCAUUAGAACCACAGAUUGCGUGUAUGUGCGUGUGCAGUUGCGUGUGUAAAAAAGACGAUAUGACUGGCGCACAGGAAUUAUGCAGUGAUGUAACUGUUCAUACUUUGCAGAGCCUAUGGUUUUUAUUUUUCAAAUUUUUUUUUUCAAGAAUCUGUUCUCUUGGGGACAAAAUCUAAAAACUAUGACGUGUGCAUUUUUUUUUUUGUCAUCUUAUCUGCAUUUUAUAGUUAUUUGUGAAGAAAAUAUCUUGUGGUGGUCCACAUCCAAUAUCUUUAGUGCUUCCUGUCUGGUCACUUUAGGUCUUGAAACUGGAAGGAGAGGGCAGGAGAUGUGGGUUUGAAUUUUAAUCCAAGACGAGCCAAUGACUAUAAAAGUUGUUCAAGGAAAGAAAUGCAUUCAGGAAAUUUUCUGUAUUGCAUUCAAAAAUUUUGUACUCUGGAGAGAGGUGGCUACCUAUUAAAAUUCCAGUUUGAAUAUCUUGAACAAUAUACACCUCCCAAAGCUGACAAAUGACUUUCUAUACCGGCUCAGUCCCACGGACUACCUUCAUGCAAACGUUUUCUUUUACCUUUCGUUUUGGGAAAAGUAAGAAACAAAUGCUCUCUAGGACGUAAGCAUGCAGAUUGUUUCUGCUUAGUUUCAUUUCUCCUUGUAAAGGGUCAGCCUGAGUCCAUCUCACACACUCUCGUCUCGUAAAUCGGGUGGGCUUCUGCAGAAUUAUCAGUGGGUGAGAUUUUUUUUUGUCUUUGGACCUGAUCAUGAAGAUACUCUGAAGAGUACUCUGCAUCAUCUUCCCCUAAGGACUGACUUAAUGAAAGCCAGAUGUGGAGUGGGCCACGAGGAGUAUAUUGCUAAAUAACGGGACUUCCCAGAAACAGGGCGUGGAUAGAGGUCCUUGGAGUCUGUGCUGCCCAGAAUUCACUUCCUUCUCUCUUAGGCUUCUCCUUCCUGGUUCUGAACUUGGCUGUAAAUAUCUCAACGGGCUGCCAUUCUCUGUUGAUUCUGUCUCAGCUCGAAAAACAGAGUUGCACGAAUCUGUUGUGUUUCUGGUCAUAGGGCUCAUCCAUGACCUCCCCGUGGAGGUCUGUGCAUUUAAGUAGAUUCUAGAGUCUUCAGGGGUACACCUUCACAGACCUCCAAGAUCACCCCCUCAACCUCCUUUUUCCCUCAUGCUCUUCCCAGAAAGGUCCAGCUCCUUCGGCAGCCAGGAUGGGGGCAGAGUCUGACCUGGGGGUAUGUUGGGGAGAAUGGGUGCAGGGAGAAGGAAGACUGGGUGCCUCUCAGCCUCUGCAGCUCUGCUUUUCUUGAGUCACCUGGCAGGUUCUUACCCUCCGAUGUGGUUUUUCCAUGCCGUGUCCAGGAAGGCAUUUCUUCCCAUAGUGCUUGGCUCCCUUUCUCUUCUGCAGGCACAGCUAGGGGUGUGGAGAGCUGCCGUUUGGCAAAGUCAUACAUUUUUUUUUAAGUAGCAAAAUGUCAAAGGAAAUGCUCAUCAGAUUUGGCCAGAUUCCACUCACAAAUCAGAAGGCAAGGGCUCUGUAUAUUGAAGGAUGAAUCAAGAGAAUUCACACCUAGGAAAGCUUUAAAAGACAAUGAAAUGGAAGAUGCUAAAUAUUCCCUUCCCUUCUCAUAAGUGCCCUGUUCUUUGAAUUAAAAUUAAAAUCAACUCAGUUGGUGAGAGUGAGUACAAGAUUUAGUAAAAAAUACACUCUUUACGAUGAGUAACUCAAUGAAAAAUUAUUUUCCAAGGGUGCGCUCUGUAAGUGUUCCAACAGAAUUGUAUUUUCAGUCUGUACUGCUCGGUCACCAUCCUGUUGGGAUUAAGUGGCGGGCCAAAAUGGGCUAAAAAUUUAGAGUGCGAUUUCUGAAUGAUUUCGUCAUUGAACGUUAGAAGGAUAAAUUGGCAAAGUGACUUUGUGCACUGAGGUAUGGACCUAGAAGGAAAAAAACAUGUUUCACAUCCUCUCACUAUAAAGAUAAAUUAUCAUUAUUGUGGAGGCUUCUGCUUAAAAAAAUAAAAAAUAAAUGAAUCACCUUGAAUGCAAUGAAACAUUGUACAUAGACACAUGGACCCAUAUGCAUAUUUUUAGAUUUAAUUCUUACUGUCCAUAAUUUAAUAUAUGAGAUGAAAAUAGCAUCAAGAAAGCCUUGAGAUACAUUGCCUUAAUUUUGAACAAAUAUGCAGGAAAAACAAAUGUUGGAAUGCAUUGAUUACAUUAAUGUAAUCCUUAAAAAUGUUGUCAUAAGCCAUCGGCCAUGUAAAACAAAGUAAAAAUUAAAAGGAAUUCCAAGAAUACCUAAUGGUGUUAAAUUCACCUUGGACGAUUGUGCCCAUUUCACUAUGCAAAGUGGUACAUGCCGUGUGUUAACUGCCCAUGGCUGGGCUAUAAAUUAAGUGGUGUGAUAUAGUGCAAAGACUGGUUUAAUCAAAAUGAGUCCCAAACACAUGAAACAGUCACCACAUGUAAUUGAAAAAUAGUUAUUCAGUGGAGACAUUCUGAAAUUUUCAUGUAUCUGAUCAAAUAUCAUCAGUGUGCAAAGCUUUGAAGAAAGUUCAUGGAAAUAAUCACAAAAUUCAGAUCUAAAAAAUUAUAGAUUUGUUUUAUGCAAUUUUGUGUGUUGGCAGUUUUCUUAAAUAAGAACACUAUUUAAAAAAAAUGUUUAGGCAAUGCAUAUUUUGCAAGAAGUAGUAUACUGAGGCGGGUCAUGUUUUCCUAAGGGGAAUGUCACAAGCCUGCUUUGAUGUGCGUCUGUAAAGAUAAGAAGGAAAUAAAAUCACCCUGGUCAUACAGCAUAUCAUACAAUUUGCAUUGCUGACUUCCACUUCCUCCAUGGCAGAAGUCAGAAUCCUGCUCAGCAUAAACGUAUCUGUUGCAGCAACGGGCAAAUCGUAAUUUCUGCUGUCAACACAACAGAAUAUGCAAGAAGCCCCAGCAACAAGAUACGCGUGCCCACUUCACACCAUCUCAGUGAUUUAAAACUCUGCUUCCUAUCUCUGCCUGUGGAGCAGUUCCACAUCACCUGUUCAUAAGUAUCUAGUAUGUUUUGUUUCAUUCUAGGCAUCUAUACUUAAAGUCUAACUUGUUACCGAUGACAGAAUCACCAGUCGUGCUAAACAGUUGAGUUAUGUGGGAUGCAUUUGCCAUUUCUACGUUGACCUAAGUUGCCUCUAGAUUUUGGACCACUUGAACUGUGAAAAUAUGGCUCAAUGCUGUUAACUAAAGACCCCAGUGCACCAUUCUUUAGGCACCAAGGGCUGCUGACCCAUCUGAGCACUUCAGGCUGCGUCAGAUCCCAUUAGGACAUCAAAAUCCUCACUCCAGCUACUAGUGCAGGAAAAGAAUUGGGUGGAUUUUUUUUUUCCGGCCAGUUCAUUUUGCAUCCCCAAAUUAACACCAUCACAGAAGCCCUCGAUUGCUCCAAUUGUAGAGAUCUGUAGAGACACGUAGAUUGUGCUUCUCUCGUUGGUCCAUCUCCCUAACGUGUAUUUUACACACGUUGGGCAAGUUCCGUGUAUUGUACCGUGUGUCCCCGUUUCUGAAUAAAUCCAGGUUGAGUUGAUGAUGUCCACUUACCAAAAAACUAAAAGGAAAGCACAUGAAUAGUUGUGUUAAUAAUGUAUUUGGAUAGCUCGUUUGGGGGACGUGUGUGUGCGCGUGUGUGUGUCUUGGUGGAGGUGGGGUGUUUGAGGGUUGUUUUUACCCACCACAACGUCUUCAUAGCAAGUGUGCUUUGCACACCCUGUGGGCUUGCAUCCAAGGGAACAGCCCUUCGUAAUAAAGGAGAAAUGCUCUGUAACAGUUUGCUAUAAAUUAUUGUGUUUUAAGAUAUUCUGUCGCGCUUGUGUUUGAUCUUCUGUGGUGGACACUUGUUAUUUAAGUUAAAGUCAUUAAGUGUGUGUUUUACCAGAUGGGAUUUGAAGCCACUGGACACGCAGUCUUCCCUUGUCCUCUGAGACUGUUUCUCAGCUCUGCAGAGCUGUCACAGCUUCCUUCGUUUUUGCGCCGUACUAUGGGCAGCCUGGCCCAGUUGCCCACGCGCCUCCAGGGCCAUGUGACUGCUGUCGGGUGUGUCACAGACACAAGAUGGAGUGCCUUUGCAGGUGUGGUGCGCCCCUGGGAUGGGUCCCUGCGGGGUGAUCCCAGCUUCUCAUGUGGAAGAAGAAAAAAAGCCUGUUUCUAUUCCUGUCAAUUCCUUGCACAAUGAAAAUCACUGUGAUUUGUAUAUAUACUCUAGGAAAAUUUUACUGCUGUCUAAUUUAUGUAAUAAGACUAUUGAUUCCAGGUUUGUUUAAUAAAACUUUGUAUCUUUUAAGAA